AUGGGAAAAGCUCAAUAUAAAAAACGAAUCAGAUCUGCAAGACAACAAGCAUCCACUGGACCAAUUCAAUCUAAUCAUCAAGAACAAGACCAAUCACAAGAACCAUCAAACUCAAUUUCAACCACACCAUCAACCACUAAUGAAACAAAACUAUCUAAAACCAAAUCAAAAAAAUCAAAACCAAAACAAAGAGAUUCAUCACUUGCCAUCAUCGAUCAUGUAAGAUCCGAAACUCCAGCUGAUAGAGUAUGGUCAAUAGCAGCCAUCUCGAAUCUAAUUCUAUCAUCAUCUUCAACAAGAAGACUUUUACAAUCCAAAAACCUAGUGAACCUUUUAAUCGAACGUUUAAACACAGACCAAUCACAUCCUCAAAUCAUGAUUGAAACUACAAGCGCCUUAAGAAACUUAGUUAUCGAAGGUGGUGAUGAUGUUUGUGGUGAGAUGUUCAAUAAAGGCAUCUUGAUUCCUUUACAGGCUUUGCUUUUGGUUUGGUUUAAUCGCUUUGAUGGGUUUCUGUUACAUGAUUUAAUGAUUGCGGAAAACGUUUUGGUCAUUCUUUGGUCUUUAGCUGAAACGUCUAAUAAAUUGUUUAAAGCUAUUGGUGCUAUAACCGAAUUAGUUCCAUUCUUAUUCCGAAUCAUUCAACUCUACGUUGAUCGUCUAGGGAUCUCUAAUGCUCAAGACCAAACCUCGACUCCAAGCACAAGCUUAACAUUAGUUUCGAUCCAAUGUUUAUAUACCUUAACAGAAGAUGAUCCCAAGCUCAUCAGACAGAUUUCAUCUCAACUUGAUCCAUUAUUGGUUCUUUUUAAAAUCAAUCAACAACCUAUCAAAAGAUCUACUGAAGACCAAGAAGAAUUAGAGUUAUUGAAAGUUUAUUUGGUUGGGAUUUUAAGGAAUAUCGUUUCUCAAACUAAACAUCCUAAUCGACUUUCAUUCAAAUCGAUGUAUGAUGAUCACCUUUUACCUAAUCAUUUGUUCCAAUUCUUGGAUCUUGAUCUAAGUGAUCUGUAUCACCAAGCUUCUAAGGCUUUUCUUUCUCUCCCUCCUAUACCUUUGUCAGACCUUAAUUUAGCAAAAGCAUCAGUCAAAGCUCCAAGUUCUGAAGAAUUACUCCUCGAAUCUGCUGAACGACGUUUGACUACUUUACAACUAUCACUUGAGCUCUUAGGGGAAUGGUGUGCAACACUUGAUGGGUUCCAAACCGAAGAAGAAACAAACCCGAACCCUGAAGACUUGGAAGCCAAAGAUGAUAUGGUAGAAGAUGACGAUGAAGAAGAUGACGAUGAUGAUACAGAGAUGAGGGAAGCUUUGGUGCCUGACUCAACUAAAAAGAUAGAUCAUGAUGGUGAUGAAGAGAUGGGCAACGGAUCCGAAACCGAAGAUCUAGUGAACCCCACUGCUCUUCCUAUCGACCAGAUCCCAUCCAAUCAAUUCUCGAAACUAUUUCAUUCAUUCAUGAAACUUUCUCAACCGAUCCAAACCCCUGAUCUUCCAACUCAUACGAUUCCUACAGCAGCCGAAAAUGGAAGUCAAGAUGAUUUGAUGCCUCAGACUAUCCAAGAAUUGGUGAUCGGAAUCCAUACUCGUGCCUUACAAUCGAUUAAUAAUUUGUUAAUCACACUUGAAAGAACUGGAUCUACCAGUAAGAUCUUGAAUGAUCAAGACUUGGAUGUCGCUUGGAAAUUGGUCUUGCAGAUCGUUAAUGGAUCAUCUACUUCACCGUUGAUCUUACCGGCUGUCACAUGUCUUUGGAGUUUGGUUCGGAUUGAUGCCGUUCAACUGGUUCUACAACGUCAAUCUAAUUCACUUAUUGAGGGGUUGUUGAACUUGUUGGAUGACGAAUUUGUGGGGGUUGAGGUUCGGUCUAGGUUGGUUUCGGUCUUGAGCGUUGUUGGGUCUUGUGCAUCGAUCACGGUUGAAGAAAAUCAAGUGAUCGGAAUGAAAUUAAUGGAAAUCAUUAGUGAUUCUAAGACUCCUUUGUUGGUUAUUCAUGCCUUGGAUGGGGUCUUGGAUCUUUACUCUGAUGAAACAUCAAGUUAUGAUGUGAAAGUGUUUAGGGAUUUGAAGUUUUUGAACCGGUUGAUCGACUUGGUUCCGAUGAUUAAAAACUUGGUUAAGAAGAUUGAUAAGAGAAAAGAUUUCAAGUUUAGGUCUGUUGCUGAGGAUUGUUUGAUGAAUGUAUUGGGAUUUAUUGAGUAUCGUAAAGGAUUAAAGGUUUGA